CCGCUCCGCCGCCGCCGGGGCCCGGGGGAAUAGCCGGGCUGCCGCUGGCCAUGGUGGCCCGCCCGCCGCCGGCGGGGCAGGAGCAGGCGCGGCGGCGGCGGCCGCCAUUGCGCGCGGGGGCCGCGGGACUAUGAAGGAUGGAAGCGGACGAGGUGACGAUCCGGGAGCAGAACUUCCACAGCCAAGUGCGGGAGUACACGAUCUGUUUUCUCCUGUUUGCUGUUCUCUACAUAGUUUCCUACUUCAUAAUCACAAGAUACAAAAGAAAAGCAGAUGAGCAGGAGGACGAAGAUGCCAUUGUUAACAGAAUAUCGCUGUUCUUGAGCACCUUCACUCUAGCAGUUUCAGCUGGUGCAGUCCUGCUUCUACCUUUCUCAAUAAUCAGCAAUGAGAUCCUGCUUUCUUUUCCACAAAACUACUAUAUUCAGUGGUUAAAUGGCUCACUAAUUCAUGGUUUGUGGAAUCUUGCUUCUCUUUUUUCAAAUCUAUGUUUAUUUGUGUUGAUGCCCUUUGCAUUUUUCUUCCUGGAAUCAGAAGGAUUUGCUGGCUUAAAAAAGGGCAUCAGAGCACGCAUUUUGGAAACCCUUGUAAUGCUCAUCCUUCUUGCACUGCUUAUCCUUGGAAUCGUAUGGGUGGCCUCAGCACUCAUAGACAAUGAUGCUGCCAGUAUGGAGUCUUUAUAUGACCUCUGGGAAUUCUACCUCCCAUAUUUAUAUUCCUGUAUAUCACUGAUGGGAUGCUUGUUACUUCUGUUGUGCACGCCAGUGGGACUCUCGCGGAUGUUUACAGUAAUGGGUCAGUUGCUGGUGAAGCCGACAAUCCUGGAAGACCUAGAUGAGCAGAUGUAUAUCAUCACUUUAGAGGAAGAAGCAAUUCAGAGGAAACUUAAUGGUGUAUCUUCCACAGUGGAAUACCAGACAGUAGAGUUGGAACGGGAGCUUGAAAAAGUGAAAAGCAAGAAAACAAAUCUAGAAAGGAGAAAAAAAGCUUCUGCUUGGGAAAGGAAUUUAGUCUAUCCAGCUGUCAUGAUAUUGCUACUGAUUGAGACGUCCAUCUCAGUUCUCUUGGUUGCUCUCAACAUUCUUUACCUGUUGGUAGAUGAGACUGCAAUGCCAAAGGGAUCAGGGGGGCCUGGAAUAGGAAAUGCCUCCCUAUCCACCUUUGGCUUUGUGGGAGCAGCACUUGAAAUCAUUUUGAUUUUCUAUCUCAUGGUAUCCUCUGUUGUCGGCUUCUACAGUCUUCGUUUUUUUGAAAAUUUCACUCCCAGGAAAGAUGACACAACUAUGACAAAGAUCAUCGGGAACUGCGUCUCAAUCUUGGUGCUGAGCUCUGCUUUGCCAGUGAUGUCGAGGACACUGGGAAUCACCAGAUUUGAUCUGCUUGGAGAUUUUGGAAGGUUCAACUGGCUGGGGAACUUCUAUAUUGUAUUAUCUUACAACUUGCUCUUUGCUAUCAUGACAACGUUGUGUCUGGUCAGAAAGUUCACUUCAGCUGUGCGAGAAGAGCUCCUGAAGGCAUUAGGAUUAGAUAAACUUCAUCUAUCAAACAAUCCAAGAGACUCGGAGACAAAGCCGUCCGCAAAUGGCCAUCAGAAAUCACUGUGAUAACAAUCACCUGCAAUCAACAGAGCUGAAAACAUCAACCUCGUGGCAUUCCUGUCAUCUCAUCAGCAUUUUUAUAUUGCUUUUAGUUGUCGUUAGUUUGGGUCCAGCCUUGUCUCGUUUUUGAUGCUCUGUGCUUCUGAGGAAGUUAGGUGUGUCACAUUCUUCUCUUUCCAGUGAACUUUUGGUCUGCUUGUUUAUUUCCCAGUGAGUUAAUGCAGGAGGUGCCUUGAAGACUGGAAGCUGAAGAGAAUAAUGCAUUCCUUUUUAUUUGUUGAAAGUCUCACAUCUUUAUUUUUAAACUUGUUACUAUUUUGAAUGCACAGUACCUCCUGUGUUAUACAAACACAGCUAUAAAGAAUAACUUUGGGACUUGGUUUAAAAAAAAAAA